AUGGAUCUUAAUAAACAAAUUAACGAUAUAUGGAUUGCUUUUGGUGUAUUAGCAGGUUUGGGUAUGAUUCUUGGAUUUUUUCGAACAAUAAUUUGGUAUUCACGAGCAGGACUCGAAACAAUUGAUUUAUUAACAAUUUGGAAAUUUUUUCUUUAUAUAUGUAAUAUUCUUGGAACAGUCUUUUUUAUUGUUAUGGCAGGUGUUUCAUUAUGGUGGUUAAUUUUUUUUAAAAGACAAGAUGCAAUAUCUCUUGUUAUGCCAACAAAUGCACAACAAGUAUCAUUUACAGUACUUGUUAUUAUUGGAUUUAUAUUUAAAACAAUCGAUAUUCUUCAUUUAAUUAUUCGUCAAUCAAAUGCGGAUAUAUUUUUUAUUGAUUGGGAAAAGCCCAAAGCAGGAUAUAAAAGUACUGUUUCUAUAUGGCGAACAUAUUUUGUUGCAAAUGAAUUUCAAGAAAUUCAAACAUUUCGUCGUGUUAGCGUUAUAUUUCAAUUAUUCUUUGUUUUAUUUUUACUUAAAGUAAUUAACUUAGAAAAUGUAGCUACGAUGGAACCAGGUGUAAAUAUUUUCCCAACAACUUCUGACUAUAAACCUGAAUAUAAUGGUAUUCUUCGUGUUGGUAUCGCUUUUUCAAUGUGGCUUGUAACAGCUCUUAUUCAAUAUUUAGUUUAUGUAAUAUUCUAUCAACGUUUUAUUGAAGAUAGUAUACUUAAUUUUAUUGAUUUAUGUUCGGUAUCAAAUAUAAGUGUAUUUAUUUUAACGGAUUAUCUCUAUGGAUAUUAUAUUCAUGGUCUAUCACCACAUGGAACAACUGAUGUUAAUAUGAAAGAAAUGAUAAUGAAUUUAGAACGUGAAUCAAAUCAAAUGAGUGGUGGACGUGGUUUACAAGUAAAAUCUGAUGAACAAACAUUUAUUGUUCAACUUACUAAAAGAUUUCGUUCACAAUAUAAUAGUUUAAUUAGCAGCUAUCAAACCCAAAAUCGUACAUCUGCAACAAACCAAUCUGAUAAAAACAAUCCAGAGCAUCUAUUGAGAUCCUAUCAAAAUUUAAAUGAAUUUUUAUGUGCAUUUAUUACUCAUUCAUUACCAAACGAUAAAUAUACUAUUUGUCCACGACGUUUUGUAGAAAAACUUCUUAAUUAUGAAUUUCAAGAACCUAUUCCUAUUGAAAGCUUCGAAGAACAAGAAAAUCGAUUUUUUAUUGAUGAUGAAAAAAAUUUUACAAGAUCAUUUUUUACUGGUCAUGAAAACUCAUUAUUUGUAUGGAAUGCGGCAACAUUUCUUUUUAUUGAUUAUCUCGCAUUUAAUUAUGUAUUAGCAGCAAUUCUUACAUAUAUACUCAAUUUAAUAGCAGAAAAAAUGCGUUUAUCAUUGGGACGAAAAAAUUUAUCACAGAAAACAUUAAUUCCUAAGAACUUUCUUAUUUAA